AUCUGCUUCGAUAAUUUCAUAGUCGCUUUUAAAGAGCAGCAACAACAACCACACGCUUCUCUAACAUCAACCAAGCCUCUCUUUCACUUCCUCAUGGAAUAUUCCGGCGACGGCAGAUUCGACGUGAUUGUCGUCGGAGCAGGCGUUAUGGGAAGCUCCGCCGCGUACCAGCUGGCGAAAAGAGGCCAGAAGACUCUCCUCUUAGAGCAAUUCGAUUUCCUCCACCACCGUGGCUCUUCUCACGGUGAGUCACGCACCAUCCGUGCCACUUACCCGGAGGAUUACUACUAUGCCAUGGUUUCCGAGUCGACUCGGUUAUGGGCUGAGGCUCAGUCUGAGAUCGGAUACAAAGUUCAUUUUCCAACUCAACAAUUCGAUAUGGGUCCAGCUGAUCAGCAGAGUCUCCUCUCUGUUGUCGCCACAUGUCAAAAACACGCGCUAGCUCAUCGGGUUAUGGACUCUCAUGCUGUUUCCGAGCAUUUCUCCGGGAGGAUUAGUAUCCCGGAGAAUUGGAUCGGAGUCUCGACGGAACUUGGUGGGGUUAUUAAACCCACCAAGGCCGUCUCCAUGUUUCAAACGCUAGCGUUUGGACAUGGCGCUGUCUUAAGAGACAACACCAAAGUUGCAAACAUAAAGAGAGACGGUGAAAACGGGGAAGGGGUAAUAGUGUCCACGGUGAAAGGAGAUAAGUUCUACGGUAAAAAAUGCAUUGUAACCGCGGGUGCAUGGAUAAGUAAGCUGGUGAAAACGGUGGCCGGGAUUGAUUUUCCUGUGGAGCCGCUUGAGACGACGGUUUGUUAUUGGAGAAUCAAAGAAGGCCACGAGGAGAAAUUCACGAUCGAAGGAGAGUUUCCAACUUUUGCGUCAUAUGGAGCUCCGUACGUGUACGGAACUCCGUCGUUGGAGUAUCCUGGACUGAUCAAAGUGGCGGUUCACGGUGGUUAUUGGUGCGAUCCGGAUAAGAGGCCAUGGGGGCCAGGAGUGAAGCUAGAAGAGCUUAAAGAGUGGAUAAAGGAGAGAUUUGGAGGGAUGGUUGAUUCGGAAGGACCGGUGGCGACUCAGCUUUGUAUGUAUUCUAUGACCCCGGACGAGGAUUUCGUGAUUGAUUUUCUAGGAGGGGAGUUAGGGAAAGAUGUUGUUGUGGGUGGAGGGUUUUCCGGUCAUGGGUUUAAGAUGGCGCCGGCGGUGGGGAGGAUAUUGGCGGAUAUGGCGACGGAAGGAGAGGCCAGAGGAGGAGUGGAGAUGAAACAGUUUAGUCUUCGACGGUUUGAAGAGAAUCCUAAAGGGAAUGUAAAGGAGUAUCCUGACCAAGUGAUACUUGAUUGCCCGUUGAAACAUUAAAUUUGGUUACAAAAUGUCAACUGUUGAAUAAUUAAAAAAAAAAUUA